UCUGGCCCACACUCACUACAGCUGAGGAGAUGUUGAACUACGCUGGCAGUCGCUUCCCAUCAUCCCACAUCCAGUCAGCUCUGGCCAAACUCGCCACCUUCUGCGGCCUCUACGGUUCAGACAAAUUUAAUGGUGUGUCCUGGAUCGAGUUCCUGAACAGCAGAGAUUACCUGAAAAAGAUACUCGCACUUCUAAGAGAGGGGAACCUCAGCAGGGCGCAGUACCUGUGGUUCCGACACGAGGCUGAGUUUGUGAGUGAGUUUAAUGAGAAAUCCAUGCAGGCGUUGUUGAGCUCCAUCCCGUCAGACGUCCCGUCUCAGGAGCUCUGUAUCUGGUUAAAGGGUGUGGUGGUGCCCUUUAUGUGGAGAGUGUUGCCUAAAGGACAGGGAUGA